AUUGAUUCCAGAUUAUAUGUACAGAUUAUCAAUAAUUUGGGCACUUUUCUUACACAUGUAUUAUUGAGGUAGCUUACAUCGCCCAGUGCAAAACACACGAUGUCAGCGUCGAUUCUAGAUCAAACUUUAUUUCGAGUCGGUUGAGACAGAAGUUCUCAACAAGACGAAUCAGAUCUAAAACCUUUAAACAUUAUGAUAUAUAUGUGUCUAUGACUGACAACAGAUCUAAGCUUAUUCAGUUGUAGGUUUUCGACAAGAAUUUAUAGAUAUAAAUAAAAGUAUAGGGGAGCCCACGAUGCUAAAUGGGUAUUUACUCGAGCGUCAUAGAGACCUAUUGGGUUGCGAAGCUUAUGCUUAGAUAAUUAUAAGAAAAAAAUGUUAUAUAAAAAAAAUCUUAUGAUCGGUGGGGGGAGCAGCUAUAGACUUUCAAAAAUGUAAAAAAAAACUAUGCCAUGGACAUACUCGACCGCGUCAGAUAUUGAUAGCAUCCAUGCCCUACGUAUUUUUAUUAAUGUACGUAUGUUAAUCUGAUUGUUUGCAUGGUGGGGGUGGUAGUACGUAAGGGUUGAAAAUAAAUUAAUCGAGCAAGUCAGAUUUUCUAAAGGGAACAUCCCUGUUCCCUGAAGUGAACCUAAAAAGAGCUCUCUAAUCUAAUCUGACGAUUUGGAUGUGACCUAAACUUGCGGUCAUUAAUAGAAAGUGUAAAAAAAUCGCCAUUUUGAAAUACUCAAGCGCGUCAGAUUAAGAAAUAUAUAAUGGUUCAUUUUUAUCCUAGACGUGAUGCCUCAUAAUCGGACGAUUAUCUAGAGGGAGUCGUCUAAUCUGAUAAUUAAAAAAAAACUAAUAUAGGCAUCACUCAACCGCACGUAUAAAACUUUAUCGACGAAUUUUUCUUAUACAUUUUUAUUUAUAAUAAAUCAAUAGAAAAUUCCUCUGCCUUUAUCUUCAUUGUAACGCAUGUCAGAUAUAUAUUUCGCAGCAUGCAAUGGCGUUACAGUCAAUUGCAUAUUACACAUAUUAAGUAUAUUAAACUGUCCCAAAACUUAUAAAUUAACAACGUUGAAAUCGAGUCGGUCUGAUAAUACUUAAUCCAUUCAAAAUAUUAAAUUUUAGUAAUCUUUUAAAUGAACAGAACAGCUUAAACGUGCCGCCUGGACAGUACGCUGACUGCUGAGUAUAGACUAGUAUCAGUAUGUUCUGUAGUCUCAUAUUAUCCUGUGGUAAUUUUCGUAUGUAUAUUGUAUAAUAUUAUCUAUGUUUAUUGUUUACUAAACUCGAAAAAUGUAUUAAACCAGAGAAACAAAUUGCGAAAAUCUUAUUUAUCGGGGUACAAUAUAAUAUAUUACUUAUUGUUAAAAGUUUAAGAAAAUAUCGUUGAUUUGCAUCCACAAUUCUCCUAGUUCCUGUGUCCUACGUAUAGUAAAAUAAUUUUUGUAGGCGGAUAGAAAUACAGCAUAAAAUGUAAACAUUUACUUUUGACAAAUAUUAUGUUACAACUGCUUUACUGAAAUGGUGAAUAUAUGCAGAAUUUGCUUAGACAAAGCUGGGACUAUCUCUCUUUAUGCUGCGCAAUCAAAUGAAAUUCAGUACUGUACAAAACUAGCACGGUUUAUAAAUGUAUCAAUGAAUGAAGACGACGGUUUUCCUACUCAUAUCUGUGAAGAAUGUGUAGUAGAGCUUAACACCUGUUAUCAAUUUGUGCUUAAAUGUGAGGCUUCAGAAAAAGCUUUAGAAUGCCUGAACCCUGAGAAUUAUGAUUAUCAUUACGAUUUAAAACUUGAAUCUGAUGAUAUUAAUACAGAAGAAACAAAUUUCAGUACUGCAGACAGAUGUGAAGAUCAAAGUUCAGCUGUAAAACGUUUUCCAGACACUGUGAAUGAUAUAAAAGAAUGUAAACUAGAAGACUGUAAGGUGAAAAAAACUCGAAAAAGGCUUAGCAAUAAUGCACAAGCACAGUGUGUGGUAUGUGGACUUCUUGCUAAAAGCAAUUCAGCCCUUGAGAUACACAUGCGUGUUCACACAAGAGAAAAACCAUUCAUAUGUGAUCAAUGUGAUGCUAGAUUCACAUGCAAAGGUAAUUUAAAACGCCAUAUAGAUGUCUAUCAUUCUGUCAGAGAGCGCAAGUUCACUUGUGAAAAGUGUGGCAAUAGUUUCUUUAGUAAAAAUGACAUCAUAACUCAUAUUCGUGUUCACACUAACGAAACACCAUUUGCUUGCAUGUACUGUCCUAAGAGAUUUAAACAGUUAACGUCAAGAAAUCGCCAUCAAACUAUUCAUACAGGCUUGAAGCCUUAUGCUUGUCCCCUAUGCAACAAGAAAUUUGCUCAUCGAAAUCUGGUGGUAAAACAUCAAAGUGUCCAUAGUGAUGAAAGGAAAUUCACAUGUCACCUGUGUAAUAAGUCUCUGAAAACUAAGUCAAGCCUCAGAGUGCAUAUGAACUUGCAUCAAAGGGAGAAAAAAAACAUCUGUAAUAUUUGUGGGAUGUCAUUCUCUUUGAAAGGAAAUCUACAGAAUCAUAUUAGAAGAGUUCACUCAGAGAAAUCGGGUCAAUGCAAUGUUUGUAUGAAAACAUUUUCUAAUCUGGAAGUACAUAUGAGGAGGCACACCGGAGAGAGGCCCUAUGUUUGUCCUAUUUGUAACGUAGCCUUCGCCCUCAAAGGUGCAUUAAAGUACCACAUGUUUUUCAAACACGAGAGCUGUAAUAAAUUUAAGUGUACAAUGGAUGAAUGCAAAAAGACUUUUCCAACCGCAUAUAUAUUAGAGUGCCACCUGUUGAAGCAUCAUUCGAAGAACACACCCUACGUAUGCCCAUACUGUCACAAAGGAUACUACCGCACUAGUGAUCUCACGAGGCACAUCAAAACUCACAAGUUCGAUGUUUAGAUCUAAAGCUAUUAAAUAUAUUAAUAUGCAUUAAGUGAAUAUGUAAAUCCUUAUUGAAAGACUGAUUAUAAGUAACUUUUAUAGUGUAGAAUACAAUACCUGAUCUAGUGGAGAAAUAAGACAACAAUUUUGGAAUUUCUGUUUGCUUGGAUCUCAUGUACUACAUUAUGUAGGUAGUAAAAGAAGUGUUAAAGCAUGAGCAUAAUGCACUAUUUUAGUUACAUUUAUGCUAUUUAUAGGCUUAUUUAUAACAUAUUUAUUGCUAAAGUAGACUGAAAGUCUAAUUAAAUACUACUUAUUUAUGUAACUAUUAUAUAAUAUUUGCUAUUAGUCACA